AUGCAUACAUUUGUGCUGGUUGUACAUAUCAUCUUGGCCGUUUUGAUGAUCGGGCUUAUCCUCGUUCAACAUGGUAAGGGUGCAGAUGCAGGUGCAUCAUUUGGUGGCGGUGGUGCUGCAACAGUAUUUGGUGCUUCAGGUUCUGCAAGCUUUUUAACUCGUUUAACUGCGAUUCUCACGGCUUUGUUUUUUAUCACCAGUUUAAGUUUGGCGGUGUUUGCUAAAAAACAAACUUCAGAUGCACCAGCUCUCAAACGGCACCAGCUGCACCAGCCAAUACGGGUGAAACUUCACCAACUGCACCAAAAACUGGCGAAUAAUGCCAUUUAG